GCAGGGAAGGAGACCCCUCUGGAGGCGGAAAGAGGCAGGACCACUUCCGGCAGGGGAGGGGGAGUGGACAGGCUCAGACCUAAGGAGAGGCUUGGAGAGAGCAGACGUCUUCUGGAUCCAGAAGGACAAGGUUCAGCUGUUGCAUGACCUCCCAGAAAAAUGGAUAGGAGAAAUGACCACGGUUAUAGGAUGCCCCCGGUCCAGACUCAGGUUGCUGCUGCUGUCCAGGCCCUGGCAGAUGACUACCUGGCUCAGUUGAGUCUGGAGCCCACAACCAGGACCCGGGGCAAGAGGAACCGAAAGUUCAAGCAUCUGACUGGGCAUGAGAGAGGUGGCCGUAAUUACAGGUGGAAUCCAUGGGGCCAGAGGCCUCCGCCACCCCGAGAUGUGGCCAUUUUGCAAGAAAGGGCAAAUAAGUUGGUGAAAUACCUGUUGGUUAAGGACCAGACAAAGAUCCCCAUCAAGCGCUCAGACAUGCUGAAGGAUGUCAUCCAAGAAUAUGGUGAAUAUUUCCCAGAGAUCAUUGAACGAGCAAGCUACGCUCUGGAGAAGAUGUUUCGAGUCAAUCUGAAGGAAAUUGAUAAGCAAAGUAGCUUGUAUAUUCUCAUCAGCACUCAGGAAUCCUCCGCAGGCAUACUAGGAACGACCAAGGACACACCCAAACUAGGUCUUCUCAUGGUGAUUCUGAGUGUCAUUUUUAUGAAUGGCAACAAGGCCAAUGAGGCUGUCAUCUGGGAGGUGCUGCGCAAGUUGGGGCUGCGCCCGGGGGUGAGGCACUCGCUCUUUGGGGAAGUGAGGAAACUCAUCACAGACGAGUUUGUGAAGCAGAAGUACCUGGAGUACAAGAGGGUCCCCAACAGCAGACCACCUGAAUAUGAGUUCUUCUGGGGCUUGCGCUCCUACCAUGAGACUAGCAAGAUGAAAGUCCUCAAGUUUGCCUGCAAGGUACAGAAGAAAGACCCCAAGGACUGGGCUGCUCAGUACCGGGAGGCAGUGGAAAUGGAAGUUCAGGCCGCAGCUGUGGCUGUGGCUGAGGCUGAGGCCAGGGCUGAGGUUUAUGAGCCACAUUUACAGACACCACUAAUGAGCUACAGCAGUCCUCCUUCCCAUGGAGCCAAGGAACAUCCUUGGGAUCUGUGUCCACCCAGCAGUCUAAGCAGAUACUACCAAUCAGCCGAGGUUGUCAUGCUAUGACAAAUCCAGUUGCCAAUCCUGCUUCAUUGUUCGCUUUCUGUGUGCUGUUGUUGUACUUUGGGUAUCAGCAUUAUAUUAAAUUUGCAAAAUGAA